UUUUCAUCACAUUCUCAAGGACCAGAUCAGUCAUUAUUGUCUCACUGCGACUUUUAUAAUAUGGCCAGGAACUCGUGCUUCAAGCAAGGAGGUGUUCUAUCCUUUCAUUUUGGGAAAUGGUGUUCACCCUCGCCCAACGUGCUUCAAUCACUGUACUGAACUAUGGAAGUCCAAGUUGUGCAUGUUGACUUCAAGAACUUUCAUACAACCGCUGUUGAUUUUUAUUAUCGCUCUGAUGGCUGGAUAUACUUGUCUGGCGUCUUCAAUCCGUGUACUGUGCGGAACUGUCAUUCUUGCUAUCUGUCUUCUGGGUUUCCUAAGACUCAACCAUGGAUACAAACCUAUACAUUCCGUAUCCUAUGGCGAACCUCAGAUCGAGGCUCCAAAGCUGGAGAGCAGGCCAACGAAGACAGCCUCAAAAGCCCUCAAUAUUCUGAAGCCAACUUCUCCCCUCGACACCUUUGAUGUCGCGCUCCCUGCCAGCGCACCGCCCCCAAUGCUCGCCAGACCAGAAGUCCCUUUGGUUACCUACGUCUAUACUGAAUCCGACUAUGCAAGAGCUAAUCUCCAGUUCUUUGUGAGCCACGGCCUUCACGCCGCUGCCGACUUCGUCUUCAUCCUCAAUGGCCCCACUAAUGCAGAUGAAAUGAUACCCAGCGACAAGUCGAACAUCAAAAUCAUCAAGCGAAGCAAUACAUGUUACGAUCUUGGUUCUCAUAGGGAAGUGCUCACUGCCAGGAAGAGGGGUGGGAAAGCUUUGCGAGACAUAUACAAACGAUUCAUCUUGAUGAAUGCAAGUAUUCGUGGUCCGUUCGUCCCGCACUGGUCGAAAGAAUGUUGGACAGAAGCAUAUUUGGGCAAGUUGAACGACCAAGUCAAACUUGUUGGGUCGUCUAUAGACUGUCGUGGAGGUGGUGAUCAAUAUGUGCAAUCAAUGAUUUGGGCUACAGACACCAUUGGCCUCAACAUCAUGCUCACUCCGGCCGGAAUAGGAGAGUGUUUUCGAACGCUGGACGAUGCGAUGCGAGGUGCGAUCCGAACGACUCCUCUACUCAAAUCUGCUGGGUAUCAUGUCGAUGUGAUGACGACGAUCUUCCAAUCCCAACGAGAUUAUGAGUUCGAGAAUUGUACAUUAGAAGGCGACAUGAUGUAUGAGGGCAAAUACUCCGGAUUUAGUGUUCAUCCGUUUGAGGUGCUGUUUAUAAAGACCAAUAGGGACAUAAAUCCUGUGAUGAUUGACAAUCUAAGUAAAUGGGUUGAUCAAAGUGGGUACAGUAGUUACGGAGUCUGCGGAGAGAGGUGA